UUUCUCAUACUAUGGUUGCCAAAGCCAUCCAAGAACAUGGACUUGAACAUCCAGGUUCAAUUCUUGAAACCCUGUCCCUGCACAUAUGCGGAGUGAGUAUCCUGAGAAGAAUAAAAGGAAACUUUGUGAAUCUUCAUUGCUGAAAAGGAAAAGGAUUAUGGGACAUGGAAACCAGAUCAUAGGGGAAGAUGCUGAUGCAAUUCAUCUCCCAAAUCCAAUGAUUGGGUUCCGGACUCUAGCUGAUCUCUGUCAAAUCCACAGAAGUCUUCCAGAGGCAGCCACAGGACCUCCUUAUUUUUACUAUGAGAAUGUGGCAUCGACUCCUAAAGGAGUUUGGAGCACAAUAUCCCGCUUUUUGUAUGACAUGAAGCCUGAGUUUGUUGAUUCGAAAUUUUUUUGUGCUGCUGCAAGAAAAAAGGGCUAUGUUCACAAUCUUCCAAUUAAAAACAGAUUUCCUCUCGUUCCCCUUCCACCACAAACUAUAUUUGGUGCAUUUCCCAUGACAAGGAGGUGGUGGCCUACUUGGGAUGAUCGGACAAAGCUAAAUUGCUUACAGACUUGCAUUGCUAGUGCAACAAUUACUGAGAGGAUCAUGAAGGCUCUUAAAGACUAUGACGAAGAUGAAAUCCCACCUGAAAGUGUCUGUCGCUAUGUUCUGUAUGAAUGCCGCAAGUGGAAUCUUGUUUGGGUAGGAAAGAAAAAGGUGGCCCCACUUGAGCCUGAUGAAGUAGAAAUGCUUUUGGGGUUCCCAAGGGACCACACAAGGGGAAUAAGCAGGACAGAUAGAUAUAAGUCACUGGGAAAUUCAUUUCAGAUUGAUGCAGUGGCUUAUGACCCGUUAGUUUUGAAAGAUCGAUUUCCCAAUGGCAUCAAUGUCCUCUCUCUCUUCUCUGGGAUUGGUGGUGCAGAGAUAGCUCUUUACCGGCUUGGUAUCCCGAUGAAGAAUGUUGUGUCAGUGGAGAUUUUAGAGGUGAGCAGAAAUGUUAUGAGGUGUUGGUGGGAGCAGACAAACCAGAGAGGAAACUUGUAUCACCUUGCUGAUGUGCAAGAUUUCAAUGCUGACCGCUUAGAGCAUUAUAUCAGUUCCUUUGGUGGGUUUGAACUGGUGAUUGGUGGCAGUACAUGUAACAAUCUUGUGAGUAGCAACAGACACCAUCGGGAUGGGCUUAAGGGUAAAGAGUCUUCUCUUUUUUAUGACUAUUUUCGUAUAUUGGAUUUGGUCAAGGGUAUUAUGGCAAGAUACAAUUGAU